CAUCGGGGGCUGUGAGUAGCUGUGAUCAAUCGCUGUGGUCAAAUGGGACGCUCCCUUCUGCUUACCAGCGCGAGUUCUGAUUGGUUUCGGCGCUUUCUGCUAUUCUGCCAAGAAUUUUAGGUUAGGUGGAGUACGCCCAGCGAUUCAUUUCUGUCGUUUCGUCUCGUGAACGCUUUCCAGCUCAUCCGUUUCAACAUGACGUACUUGAACCAACCGGAUUACGUGCGCUACUUGUGCAACUGCGGCUCCUUAAAGCCUAUAUCGAAGAUAUAUUUCUGCCGACAUUGCUUGAUGAUACGAUGUGGCUACUGUGUCUGUCAAGAGGUUGAUUCCCAUUACUGUCCUAAUUGCAUGGAGAAUUUGCCCUCGUCGGAAGUGCGUCUUAAAAAGAACAAAUGUUCCAAUUGCUUCGACUGUCCUUGCUGUUUUCAAACGUUAUCUACAAGAGCGGGACUAGCACCUGUGAGAGCAGCAGCAGCACCAGCUGAAGGAGAAGAGAACAGGGAUGUGAAACCCACUAAAAAAGUAUAUUAUCUAUUUUGUUCGCUAUGCCGAUGGAGCUCGCGAGAUGCAGGGAUACCUGAUCAAUCUGUAGCAACUGGAGGCUGGCCCGAGCAGGAAAAUCCACAUGUAACACGUAUCAACGCUCUUAUUGAUUAUCACAAGAUACUGGCCUCUAUAGAGAAACAGCAGUGCGAACGGAAGAAAUUUCAUCCAAAACGCUCCUUCAUGCCAGCUCAGACAAUGUAUAGCUUUACAUCAGCGCUGGUUCGCAAGCGUAUCGGACGUCCCAUAAAACCACCAAUUCAGUCUCAAUCAUCUGCUCAUCCAGUACCGUCCGUUGCAAGUGAGGAAGUGGACGAAUUACCGAGCGAUAUAUUUACAGAAUCUGUGGAUAUAACUAAAAUUACCACAUUGGAACAAAGAUUACAACACCCGGAGGUACAAGCUGAGAAGAUAAACGAAUUGCGUCCUCAGCACAGACAGUUUUUAGUCAAGAGAUCGCAACGUUGCAGAGUGUGUGAGCAUAAUGUUAGCAAAUCGGAUCUUUGCCCUCAGUCGACGAAAUUCAAAAUUUUACUAGCUGCAUUUUAUCACAUUCCGGAAGUUAAGAUCGUUACUUGUGAACCACUUCGACUGGGGAAAUCAAGUGAACUGCUUCUAAAAUUCUGUAAUCCAACACAGCAUCAAACGCAAAUAACUAUAUUACCUUUAGAUACCUCGUUAUCUACUUCACUCCCCGAGGAAAAAGACGUUAAACAAGAGGAUACACAAGGAAGUGAAUCUCCAAAUUUAUUGCCGUCUACUAUACGACAGGCACCUGUAACGGAAGAUCCUAAGCUAAUAAAAGUUGCGCCGAAUGCAGAUUUGGUGAUGCCUCACAGUUCACUGAUUCUUCCACCACGAGAUGAUGCUGCUGAAUAUGAUGAUACAAGUGAUAAUCACAAUUUUCAGGAUGAUCCAAAGCUUGUAGUGUGGCGAAAAGGGAAUAAAGCAGUGAUACGUUUGCACGUAACUCCGCACGAUACUAAUAAAAAUACUGACGACCCAGUUAUAGUUGGAUUUGUCAUGCAACAUGGAUACGUAAAUACCAUUGCAGCGCUUGAGCAUAAAUCACCGCAAAAAGUAGAUGUAAAGGUCAAGUUAUAUCUCACCGUUGGUCAGCUAGUUGGCGAAACAUAAUCUUUUACGAUUUAAUUAAGUAUAAAAUAGAAUAUUCUAUACAUGAGUGCUUUAUAGAUUUUUUAAUAGUCGAUUGAACUAAACAAGAUACUUAAAUAUAUUUAUGCUUUAAGCUUGAUAUUCACUUUAAUAUAUUCAUUGAUACUAAACACAUUAAAUGUAGGAUCCAAAGACGCUCUUAAUCAAUGUAAUUUUCUAUAUAUUUUUUAAGUUUAAAAUUUGUUUUUCUAUAUACUUGUAAAUAAGGAAAAUAAACUCACAGA